AUGGCCAAAUCAGGCCAUGAGGCGAUCAGGCCAUGCGGGUGCACAGCUUCUCCAGGCUGGUUCAGCCCAGCCCAGCUUCAGCCCUUCCCUUGUCCGGACCUCAGCUUCCAUCCCUUCUCGUACCGGCGAGCUUUUCUCAGCUGUACUAUAGUAUCUCUGCUCACCACCAGGAAAGAAAUCACCAAACCACUCGCUUCGCUUCUGCCUCCCGCCCCUCCUUUUCCCACAACCCUUCUCUCCUCAAAACAGCAAUUCGUGGGAAGUUGCCGGUGCGUCCACGUGGCCGGUGCACACCCUUCUUCGGCCCAUGUUCUGCAUUUGGAGAACAUGCCGCAUAUCCUUUAG